ACUCGGAACCAGACCCCGAACCACAAGGUAUAUACUUGUUCAAAGUUAUUAUCUGAGAUGUUUGUUACUUCUCUGGUUUUGUGCUGUAAGCUGACGCACAGCUCCUAUAGGCCUUAUACGCAUAGAUGAGUGAUAGCGAUUGGCCAUCAUGCAUGGAAUAAACAGCUUCGAAUACUUGCACGAGUUUUUUGCAGAUUCAGUGAUAGCAAUGACAAUGUUGAAGAUUGUUUUGCAUGUUUUGUGCAAAUCCAAGUUCAUCUAUUGCCAACAGGAAUUAUUCUAAGGAAAUUGUUCAACCCUAAGAACUUAAGAUAUCUCAAAACAUAAGUGAAACAUCUAUUCGACUACAUUGAGUAUCUUAUUUACAGCUUUCUUAAUCGCGGUUUGUUUUGGAGAAUUUCGACGGCCGUUUCCAGGUUUAGUAUAUGCAGUGAAAAGGAAUUAAUGUGUUGUCUUGAUAACACGACAAAAAAUACGCCAUAUACUUAUCACCAAGGACCGAGUGACUCGGUCCGAGUCUCAGCAAAUGAUUCGGUCUGUUCUCACCAUUACAUACACCAAGGGCAAGGUUUAGACUGCUGUAUAAAAUAUAUCUUCACCUGUGUGCGCGACACCAGCAACAAGAAUUCAAGAUUGUAAAAACACACUGAUAUCGAAGCUCGGGUAGAUAUUGACCAUGUAUAUAUAGCUCAGUUGGUAGAGCAUUGGACUAGCAAAUCAAAGUUUGCAGGUUCGAUUGCCACCGCGGUCAAGCACAUCUUUCAGCUUGCCGCCAGUGUGGACACACUCAGAGCAACAUCACAAACACUUUCAAAUUUCUGGAAGAUUGGUCACUUCUGUGGCUGAAAUUUUUCAUUGUACAUGUUAGUGAUUCAUUUUCCUUGUGAAAUACCUGCAUGUUAUUUUAUUUAAGGUUACAGAACACCUUUGAGUGUUAAUUUUUCCUAAAAUUUUUUUAUUGGUUUCCAUGAAAGCAUUGGACUAGUUCUACUAUCUGACCAAGUUUGAACGAAAAAUGUUGAAAACUCGCAAAGUUAUUUAAUAAAAUACAUUUCGCUGGAAUAAGAAAAACAUUGAAAAUGUAAUAUUCAAAUUCAAUUUUCUCCCGAAAAAUCUUACGGUAAUUACUGAUUUUCAAACGAGUUGUGCUCCUGCGGGUUUUGACAAAUUUUUCUCAAAUUUUCACAGGACAUAGCUAAAGACGUCAGUUUCAAAAUUGUGUUCAAUUGGCUUUGUUCUAAUUUUGGAUAUUUUAUUAAUAAGGAGCAAUUCACUCAAACAAUUCAGAAAUAUAUUGCAGUCGUAAAAGAAAUCGCCAUAUCAGCGGAAUGACGAAAUAAACAAAAAAUUCCGAACACCAUUUUUUAGAACAACUAUUUUACUGUAUAAAAAUGAUAUUUUCAUAAAUAUAACUUAAAACCAGCAGGAGCACAACUCAAAAGCGUAACGGUACCGCGAUUUAAGAUUUCCUGAAUAAUUCUUAUAUUAUUUUAUUGUUUGUUAAUUUUACAACUUUACCAUAUUUUGCAUACACUGGCGAACAUUUGGUGAAAAUUUGAUUCCGCAAAAUGCCAAAAAGGGUGUUUUGUAACCUUAAUAAAAUUAUCCUAUAUGAGUAAUAUUCAGUACAGUUUGAUCUUUUGUUUAUACUAAAAUUCCAAAAGUAUUUUUACAACAAUAAAUAAUGGUUACAUAUCCAGCUUAGAAUAAUCCCUGUUUGUCAACCUGACGUUUUUCACGGAACAUAACAUUUCAUGUUUUAACUGUUCCAAAAGUAAAAUUUACCAUUAUAGUCGUUUUCAAAAAUUGUUUACAAAACGUGUACAGAAAUUACUAUCUUACACGUGCAUCAAAGUUGAUUAUGCUUUGUUUUCUAUUUCUAGUUGUGUAUCGGACCACAAAACUCACAAAUGGUGAAAUAAGUCGGGUGAGCCGCGGAGUUGGAGUUGACUGGGACAGUUUAGCAGGACUGUUGGAUAUUCCGUAUUCUGAACGAGAGGAAAUUAGAAUCAACGACCGGAAAUACCCAGAUUCUUAUGCGAAAGCUGGACAGAUUUUAGAGCUUUUUAACGGCAGGUGGGAUUUCAGUCGUCAUAUUCUGGAAAAAUGCGUCGAAGAACUGAAACGACAAGAUUUGAAAGAUGAAUUACAUCCUGUGGAAAAUGAGGUAUUUCGUGAUUUAAAUUUCCUCUGUAAUGAGUAAGAUGCCCCACUCCUCAUUCGAGUUAAACCUGUCCAACUCAUUACCCUGGUUUUCGACCAUCGAGUUUGUUUCUUUUGUCUUACGAGCUUUCGUUUGGAGUUAUGUAUAGACGUGGAGCAUUUGUGUUAUCCUUGUAGAAGCGAUCACACAGUUGAUCACACAGUUGGAAACCGGCCACGAAGCUUAAAAAAGUAUCUAAAAAGCACUGUCAAUGGCAUUUUUUGUUACAAGCAAUUAUAAAACUAUGCAAAAUAUCAUUGGAUGUGCUUUUUUAGAAAGUGAGAGUGGUUGUCAACCGUAAUUUAUUAUUUAUGUGUUAAAAUUUGGAGAUAUUUUCUAGAACAGUUCGAUAUAUCAAUGUUUUAUUUUAAUUGACUGACCAUCUAAUUAGCUUGUGUAUAGUACGGGUAAUCUUCAUUCACAUAUUUGAAAAUGAUAUCAUGCUAAUAAUAAUGAUAUUUUGUGUGGUUGUUUGCUUGUUAAUACAUUGACAUUGACCACUGUGUAUAUGUAAGUAAUGAAACAUCUUGCAAAAGACCUAACUGGACCCUAACUAUUCUUAUAGAAGAUAAUGAAGGAUUAUCUUUCUCCAAAUAGAUCGAAGAAAUAGAACCAUCACCAACGGAACCACAAGUCCAUCCGUACGAAAACGUUGUGUUAAGAAACACGCCUCUCUCACCUCGUGAAAUGCAUAGACUUAGCCGACGCAUAACGGUUGACUGGGACAGCCUCGCUGGUCUCAUGGAUAUAGCCAAAGAAGAGAGGAAUGACAUUCGACAAAACACUAUGUACAAUGAUAACCGUGACAGAGCUGAGAAAAUCUUAUCGAUGUUCAACCACAAGAGAGAUUUCUCACGUGAAAAAUUGGCUGACUGCUUAAAAGGAAUGCGCAAGGAGGAGUUAAUCAGCCCAAUUAUGACUGGGCAGUGGAGAAAUUUGUAA